AUGAAUUUUGUAUUGUCAACACCACGUCCAGUUUUUGUUAAAAGUGUUGCAACUGGUCAAAAUCGACAUACAGCGGAAUACAUUUCAGAUGAAAUAAAAAAAGUAUUAAUUGAGUUAAAUCCUAUGAAAUUUGUUACUCUAAUUGGUGAUAAUGCUGCAAAUAUUCAAAAAAGCUUCAUGUUGCUUAAAAAUAUGUAUCCUCGUUUAGUUCCUCUUAAUUGUUUAGCACAUUCUAUAAACCUACUGUCCAAUGAUAUUGUAAUCCUUCAGUCUUUAGUCAAUUUAAAAUCAGACAGUUUAUCAAUUGUAAAAUCAAUUAAUCGUUCGCAGAUACUCAAAGCUUGCUUAGAGAACAUUUAUAAAGAACAAAACAUUUUAUGUUCCCUAAAACUACCAUCUCCAACAAGAUGGGCCAGUUUUUUUAUAUUGCCUGGAAAGUUUAAGCUCAACUAA